AUGACUAUGAAUGCUAAUACUCAAGAGGAUAUGUCAGCCUAUUUAGCACUGGAAAAACAAAUUACUGAAGUUGUUCCUAAAAAUAAAACUCCAUAUACUUCUGCUUCAAUGAAACGAUCACGCAUGCCAGUUACUUCAAAGGCAAAUUUUUUAAGGAAAGGAGUUCAUCAUGAACGAUUAGGAGUUCAACUUAACGAAGCUCGAACAGAAUUUACAAGUCUCGCUGAGCAGACAUGCGAGGCGACAGAGGUGCUAGCGCAGGCCGAAAAGUUACGGGCAGAGGCAGCCUUAAUACAAGCAGAAAAUAAUCGUAUACAAACUGAAUUCUCCGCACUAUGGCAGAAAAUGACAAAGCAAGGAAUGAAAUUUUACUUCGUCUUGUAAAUACUUUAGAUUUAAUUGUU